AUGAAGCAAGUGUGCAUUCUGCUAGCGGUGCUGCUCUGCACGGCAGCCGUCGCGGACGCCAUCGUUUAUGUUUACGCUCCUACGUGCGCGAUAUGUAAAAACAUCGGAGCGCGGUACUGUGGCUAUGGGAAUGGAAGGCUUGUCUCAUGCGAUGGUCAGACCGCCAUCAAUAGUUGUGCGGACUGCAAACGAAGACUUGGUCGCUGUUCGGGCUCGUUCAUUACGGAGUGUUUUUUGUGA